AUGCAGUUGCCGCCAGCUAGAGUGUUGGCUAACUGGCCAACCCCGAACUAUGAAAACCCUCCAACUCAAGGGCUACCUCUUGUCAUCGUCAAUGUCAUCUUCAUGGCACUUAUAAGCCUGGCCGUGCCACUACGUCUCUACGGGCGAUACACAAACAAAGGACGAUUGGGCUGGGACGACUUCAACAUGGCAAUCGCAUAUGUUUUUGGUAUGGCCCUCGGCAUUGUCGUUAUCCUCGCCAAUGUCCGCUAUCAAUGGAACCGCCAUCUGUGGGAUGUCGAAUUCACAAUGUUCCAAUCCGCAUCUAUUGUAGCACUCGCCUCGAAGCUACUGUUCACACUCGCCGGCUCUUUCGCGCGUGCUUCGCUCAUCUGUUUCUACUUCCGCCUCAUGAAAGACACCGGGUACAGUAUCUUCAAGUACGUCCUCUGGGCAGCUUUCACGUACAACAUUGCAAUUGGCGUUACAUUCGUUAUUCUCGCUGUAUUCCUUUGCACGCCAGUCGAGGCUUACUGGGUCUUCCCAAUGAUGAAGAACGCCAGAUGCUUGGAUGAAGGUCCUGUGACACUGGUCGCUGGAGUACUGAAUUGCAUCUCGGACUUGACAGUCACCCUGCUGCCCAUCCCUAUCAUCAUGGGGCUCAACAUGCCGUUCAAGCAACGACUUGGAGUAGCUGGUCUGUUAUCCCUGGGCCUGGUUGUCACCAUCGCUGGUGUUGUCCGCACCUACUUCAUCUGGAGAACACUAAUGGGCACCUACGACGAAACUUGGGACUCAAUGCCCCUCUACAUCUGCGCAACUGUGGAAGUCGACCUGGCUAUCCUCUGCGGAUGCGCACCCGCACUCAAGCCU